GAUGGUCACGCGCUUGGCGUGGAUGGCAGCCAGGUUGGUGUCCUCGAACAGGCCGACCAGGUAGGCCUCGGCGGCCUCCUGCAGGGCCAGCACGGCGGAGGACUGGAAGCGCAGGUCGGUCUUGAAGUCCUGGGCGAUCUCGCGGACCAGGCGCUGGAAGGGCAGCUUGCGGAUCAGCAGCUCCGUGGACUUCUGGUACUUGCGGAUCUCGCGCAGGGCGACGGUUCCGGGCCUGUAGCGGUGAGGCUUCUUCACUCCUCCCGUCGCGGGGGCGGACUUGCG